AUGGGCAUAUCUGGGUUUCCCCUGAGCAGCAUGGCAAUCUGGUUAACAGCGGUGUUCAAGAACCAAAUUGAUUGGAUUCCCCUAAGCACUGGAAGUGUUCGACCGACUCAGGGCCGGACACUUGCUAUUGCCCAAGUGUGUGGUGGAUCGCAAUCCUUUAAUGCUGUUAAUUCUUUGCGUAUUCUCGGUCGAUGGAUGCGCAUGUUUACGAUUCCCAACCAGUCAUCAAUUCCGAAGGCAUAUACCCAUUUUCCGGACGAGGGCCAGCCACAGGAUCAAAGACUUAUUCCUAGCAGCAAUCGGCUCGCCUAG